ACUGACUCUGCUCCUUGAUACCCGUUUCAUUGUCCUCAUCUAACCCUCCCCAGGAGGAAAUCGCGAUGUUCCGGCCGCUGCCCUUGCGUAUUCUGCCUUCAAAUAAACGCUCCAUGUCGAUGGACCGCGCCAUACCGACGAGGCAGAAUUCCAACAGUUGAGGGCGAGCCCACUGCCGACGAGUCUACACCGAGUGAGUUACUGGACAACGUCGACACGCCGAAAAUACGGCUGGGGACCGACAGCCCCAGAUCCAACGAUGCGAGGCUCAAGAAUCAGGAACGGGGACUGGAACCCGCCGGAGUGGCAAUACAAGUUCCGACUCUUCACUUUGAUGGAGCGCGUGAGACGACGAUAAUGCAAUCGUCGCGGAACUCACCGGAACCUCUGCAGACGGAUCGUCAGGGGCAUAUGGUAGGCCCAUCGUCAGGCGCCUCCUUUCUUCUAAGAGUACAAAAGAAACUAGCAGAACAAGCUUCUCACUUUUCCCUGGAUUCCUCUAUCUUCACCUUCGGUGACUUGCCACUCCCCGAAUGCGACAGAUCGUUUUUCAUUUUGCCCCCUCAAAAUAAAGCGAAACAGCUGUUGGAGAGGUAUUUCGAGUUCACGGUCGCAACGCAUAGAUACCUUCAUCGGGGGACCAUGGAGGCUUGGCUGGACGAGCUGUAUGAGACGGGUGGCAAGAUGUGGGCCGAGGGGGCGCGCAGCCGCACGGCUUUGCUGUUCAUGAUUUUCGCGCAGACACAGAUAUAUACUCCGGGUGAGGAGGAACAGGACUCGGGAUCAAGCGCCCACUUCUUCCACGCAGCCGAACACCAACUCUCAGAAGAAAAAGGCGAGCUCCGUCUCUCCAGUGUCCAAGCCCGCCUAUGCCAAUGUUUCUACCUCCUCUCACAAUCACGCAUCAACCACUGCUGGUCGCUCUUUGGGACGCUAAGCCACCUCCUCCUCGCCCUGGGCGUGCACCGCAAAGGCAGCAUCCGCCGUGGCCUCGACUCCUUGCCCAGCACCGACCUCGUGGAGUUCGAGUGCCGCAAGCGCACCUUCUGGUGCGCAUACAACCUCGACACGUACCUCAGCGCCAUCCUAGGCCGCCCCCGCGCCUUUCACGAUGAGGAUAUUAAUCAGGAGUACCCCGCGUGCGUCGGUGACAGCGAUCUGGAUUUGGGAAUUGUGCUGCCUUCGCCCGAGAGGCCGCUCCCCGAGAUGGCGGCCCCGAUUGCGCAUAUCAAGAUCUCCCGCAUCAUGGCGCGUAUUCUGCGCGAGUUUUAUGGGCUGAAGACGCCGUCGACGCAGGAUCGGAUUGAACUUGCCAAGAAAUUUACGCUGGAGCUGGAAAUGUGGCACGAGGAUAUGGGGUUGCUGUUGGGGGAUAAUGGAAUCCAUACGUCGCUACUGCUACCGCUUUUUCAGCGGCAGAGGAAUGUGCUUAAUUUGGCGUAUUGGCAUGCGCAGCUCUUGGUCCAUAGACCGUUUUUGCUGAGUAAUUUUGCGAGUUUGUCCAAUUAUGGCACUGCGCAGACUAGGUCGAAGAAGAACGAAGCGUUUAGAAAGAAUGUGGAGCAGUGUUUGGAGGCGGCGACGAAUAUUACCAAGGCGGUUGAGGAGUUAGAGGAGAGGAAGCAGUUAUAUCGCGCUUUUUGGUUCACCUACUACUUCGCCUUCUGUGCCAUAGUAGUCCUGUAUGUCCACACCAUCCAACAACGCACCUCCUCUACGCCAGAAUCCUCCUACCUCCCGCACUUCGACAGAGCCUCCCGAUGCCAAGCCACGCUGUCCCGCAAUGCGCGGGAAGGUUCGUUGGUCUACCGAUACGGCCUCGUGUUGGAUGAGCUAAGGAGGGAGGUUUUGAGAAAUAACCCAACGCUGCAGUACCGGAUAACGACGGAUCGGGACGGGUUGCCGGCUCUAUCUUCUGAUUCUGGGCUUGGGGGCGAUUUUCUGGGCUCGGCGGGCUUGGAGGGAAGUGGAGGGUUGGGACCGGUGUCAGGGGUGGAGGGAUUGGAUUUAACGGUGCAGUUGGAGUCACUGAGUGACGAGACAAGUCCCGUUGGUUCGAUUGCGCAGAUGACGAGUUGGGGGCAGUUUGAUUCAUUGGUAAGAAAACCGGAAAUGAUUGGGGGUUCUUUGAUAGACUGACAAUGUGCUUAUAGAUAACCGGGGGGGCUGGAGCCUUCGAUGGGCUUUUUGCAGAUCCUGAUGGUAGUUGGGAUUGGACCAAAUAGUCUCGUUUCCAUGAGGGCCUAGCUUAGGGUUCGUCUCUAAAUCGAAAUUAUGGACGUAAAAUGCAAUUGU